GUUUCUGCCGUUGGUCCUCCUUCUCUUCCCUUUCUGCUCCCUCCGCCAGGUCUCUCUUUGUCUCUCUGUCCGCUCACAGAGCUUCAUCUGACGGAUACCAGACGGUGAGUUCUCCGGAUCACUUCUCUCACUUUAUCACCUGAACUCUAACAGAUCUUCUUCUUCUUCUUCUUCUUCUCGAGCUGAAAAAACCUCCAAGACUGACAAAAUGGCCAGCAGAGGAACCGUAAAAGCCGGUGUAAACUUCAAUGCCACUGCAGAUGCUGAGGUCCUGUACAAGGCCAUGAAAGGGCUGGGGACUGAUGAGGAUGCCAUCUUGCAGCUGUUGGUGGCUCGCAACAACUCCCAGAGGCAGCAGAUCAAGGCCGCCUACAAAACUCUGUUUGGAAAGGAUCUGGUAGAUGACCUGAAGGGAGAGCUGGGAGGAAAAUUUGAGACCCUGAUCGUGGGUCUGAUGACCCCGCCCCUGGCUUACGACGUGACAUUGCUCCGCAACGCCAUCAAGGGAGCAGGAACAGAUGAGAAAGUCCUGGUGGAGAUCCUCGCCUCCAGAACGCCUCAGCAGGUGAAGGAGAUCGUCGCUGCUUAUAGAAAAGAGUAUGAUGACGACCUGGAGGAGGACAUCUCCGGCGACACUUCAGGUCACUUCAAGAGACUUCUGGUUAUUCUGCUGCAGGCGAACAGGCAGAGGGGGAUCCAGGAGGGAACCAUUGCGACUGACGCUCAGGUCCUCUUCAAGGCAGGAGAGCAGAAGUUCGGCACUGAUGAACAAACGUUUGUCACCAUCCUGGGAAACCGGAGUGCAGAGCAUCUUAGGAAAGUGUUCGACGCUUACAUGAAGUUGUCUGGAUACGAGAUGGAGGAGACCAUCAAGAGGGAAACAUCUGGAGGCCUGAGAGAUCUGCUUCUGGCCGUCGUGAAGUGUGCCAAGAGCGUUCCAGCCUAUUUUGCGGAGACUCUGUACUAUGCGAUGAAGGGUGGCGGAACCGAUGAUAACACCCUGAUCAGAGCGAUGGUGACUCGCAGUGAGGUGGACUUGUUGGACGUCAGAACUGAGUUCAGGAGGAUGUUUGCCCACUCUCUCUUCUCCAUGAUCAAGGGAGAUACCAGCGGCGACUACCGAAAGGCCCUUCUGUUGCUCUGUGGUGGAGAUGACGCGUAACCGUGUUAACAAGCAAUAAAACAGGAACCACCUGAAGUGCCUCUUCUCUAAAUCGGCCUCUUUUUGGGUCGCCGGCUCACCAAAACAAGAAGUUGACAAAAUUCAUCACAACAAAUCGUUCUUUUGUGUGUGAGAGAGAGAGACGGCCCGAUCAGGUCUUUUUAAACUAUGACUCCAAAUAAUGUCUUUGAAAGGUAGCUAACAUUUUGUUCACGUCCACAUUAAUAAAUGCAGCUUUUGCUCGACUAACAUUUUCAAUAUGACUAAUAUUAUAUCAUUAGUUUGUAAUGCGGAGAUAUCAGACUGCAAUUGUUUUGUUUGCACUUAUUAUGGCAGAAACAAUAUAAUGCAAUAAUAAACAUUUCAACUGAUGAAGUACGA